AUGAUUCACUUAGCUUGUCACGCCGCGUGCGUCGAAGAGGCUGCUAAAGAAGAGGCUAAGGUUGAAGAGGUUGCAAAGGAAGAGCCCAAGAUUGAGGAGGCUGCUAAGGAAGAGCCUAAGGUUGAGGAAGCUACGGUUGAAGAGCCCAAGGCCGAGGAAGCUCCGAAGGAAGAGCCCAAGGUUGAGGAGGUUGCUAAGGAAGAGCCCAAGGUCGAGGAAGCCACGGUGGAAGAGCCCGCUAAGGAAGAGGAGCCCAAGGUUGAAGAGCCCAAGAAGGAGGAGCCUAAGGUCGACGAAUCCAAGAAGGAGGAAGCGACCGCAUAA